UCGGGUUACGCUCUUUUCCGCACGCUGGAUCACGGCAAGUCGAGUGCAUCCCGCCGCGUGCCCUGAGCGAUGAUUGAGCAUUUUCCAAGUCCGCCUAUCUGGUGCGUGGAGCCCGCGCCUCCGCUACUCGUUCCGGUCGUUGCAAUUCCGGCUCGCGGCAAGAUUUUUGAAGAAUCCAAUAGUGGCAACAAAACUUACUUAUCGCUCAAUGAGAAGUUUUCUCUACAGAGAGCAGAUACGUCACAGACCAGAAACACCUCAAACUAUUGACGAAUUUGAGAUGGCCCUAAGAAAUUAUCGACCAGUCGAAUAUAUUUAUAAGGGCAUAGCAUUAUCCGACAACGGCUAUAAAGCAAUAAUAUUUACAAGUGAGGCUUUACUAGAUGCUUUGACAGCAUCCACAGAAAUUUAUAUGGAUGGUACGUUUUCGGUCGUUCCCCGAACGCCGCCCUUUGCACAAUUAUAUACCAUACAUAUAAGAUAUAUGGACACGGGUGUAGCUGUCCUUUUCGUAUUGUGUGAGAACCGCACGAUGGAUCUGUAUAGUGCAAUUUGGCGAAAGAUAAAAGAACUCCGUCCGAAUGCACUGCAAAGAGUGCAAUUGGUCGUCAGCGAUUACGAACGCGCGGCUAUGACGGCUGCAAGGGAGAUUUUUUCGGAAGCACGAUUAACCGGCUGCUGGUUUCAUUUCAAUCAGGCCGUAUUAAGACGUUGGAGAGCUUUAGGUUUAACGGCAGCCCCUAGAAAGGUCCUCGGUCUUACUAUGGCCUUACCGUUGGCACCGGCCGAUGAGUUCGAAAGAGAAUUGCAAGUAAUUCAAGAGGAAGCUGAUAUGAUAUCGAUAAG